AUGACUCCUCCUCCUGGAAAUAUGACUCCUCCUUCUGGAACUGCCCCCUCCUCAGGACCCCCACCUCCACCGUCUGGUCCAUUCUGUCCUGAUGGAUGGCAGUGGUUCAGUGGACGAUGUUACUACUUUGUGAAAAACGCCAUGACUUGGCCUCAAGCACAGACUAACUGUGCUGUGUUGGGGGCAGUCCUGGUGUCCGUCCGCAGCCCCCAGGAGCACGGUUUCAUCCAGCAGCAGUUCAACAACAAUGACAACAAUAGACCCCCAGGCACUUGGCUGGGUGGAUUUUACCUCCAGGACCAGUGGUUGUGGGUCGAUGGGUCCUGGUUCUACAACAACAGUUUGACCUUUGAGACUGAGCCCAACACAAGCCCAUGUUUGUUCCUCAGCCCCUCUGGGGAGUGGAUGUCGUCUCUAUGCAACGAGGGCUAUUCCUCCAUAUGUGUCCAAGAGUCCAACAGUGGACCACCAGGCCUGUGUCCUGACGGCUGGGUUGAUUUCCAAGGCCAGUGUUAUUUCUACAACCAGGACCUACUGACAUGGAGUGACGCUGAUACUUUCUGUGCUGAGUUUGAGGCCAGUCUGGUGUCUGUGCACAGCCCUCAGGAGUAUCAUCUACUGGGUCAGAUCACCUCUGGAUCUUACCCCUUCUGGAUGGGUGGCUUCUAUCUCCAGGGUCAGUGGAUGUGGCUCGACGGCUCCUGGUUUCAUCAGGACUUUUUUGGUUGGAAUGCUCCAGUAGAUUCAUAUCCAUGUCUGGCACCAUACCCAGAGUUCGGAGGUUCGGGACGGUACCUGGGCCAGGUCCAGAGCCAUGGUGGGAACUAA